UUAAUUCCUCGUGGGAGAAACUAUCCGGCCAGGAGUUUGUUCGUUGGCAUAUUCCUAGGCAGAGAAGUGGGUCCGUGUGCCCGGAGGGGGAGUUCAGAAACGGAGAGACAGCCUCUGCCCAUGUGCAGAGGGAUCCUCCUUCCUCCUUAUUUAAGACGCGUUUGAAGUCGAAUCUUUUCUCUAAAGCGGAGACUUAUUGAUACUCAUCGGAACCAACUGUAUACAUUUUAACAGGCUCCGGAGGGAGAUUCUCCUGCAGGCGCAGCUUCCGAUUGCUUUUUCCCAUCCCCGCCGAGCAGCCACCAAUCCGGGAAACGCGCCUGGGAACCGGAGAGGCGAGGCGAGGGCGGGCGUGAAAGAAGAGACCGCGGCCGUAGCAGCGCGGAGACGGCAGGGAGCGCUUUCCGCCUUCCUGCUGCUGCUGCUGGCCCCGAGGGCUCCGCCUGGGCGCCGCCCCGUUGCUGGCUCGCUCGCCGCCUUCGGCUCGUCCGCCCGGGCGUUGGGUCCCUCCGAGUUCCGCCCUUCCGCGCGCCGGGAACUCCCGGGCCAGAGAUCGGCGGCGUGGGAAGAGGGCAUGGCGGCUCCGGAGCGAAGGGCCUUCGCGCAUCGCAUUAACCGGACUGUGGCAGCUGAAGUGAGGAAACACAUGUGUCGAGAAUAUGGCAACUCACCACAGCUCUCCAAGAAACGUGGUGGCACCCUGCAGUCGUUACCUCUGACAGAAGUGGUAGAACCAGUUGACUUUGAGAAAUACCUUAGCACCCACUUGCCAGAUGCUGAGCCAGGCCCACUUAGUGACCUGAUUGAGUUUCCUGCAGAUGACCUGGAAGUGUCCCAUGAGCCCCGGGACUGUCGGACCUUAGAACCUGGUGUCCCUGAGGAUGGGAAACAAGAUGCCAGGGUAAGAGAUGCUGUCCAAGUCUACACAGAAGAUUGGGUCAUCGUCAAGAGGAAGUACCAGAAAUUGAGUACCAUGUAUAAUGCUAUUGCUGCUGAGAGGCAAAGAGAAAGGCAGAAAGGAUUAUCUAGGCAAGUCUUUGAAUUAGAUGAAGUAGUUGAAGAGAGGAGCAAUCAAGGGGAUACGGAUGACAUCAAGCAGUGCUCUGGUUCCUUGGAAGAUGUGCCCCGAGGCAGUUGGACAUCCAGUAUCUUUGACCUGAAGAAUUCCGCAGCUGACUUUUUACUGUGUUCACUCUUGGUGCGCACUGCCAUCGAGGAGACUGACCGCCGUAAUGAGGAGCUGCGCAAGAAGGACCGGCAUCAGGAGAUCCUGGCCCUUUGCUCAGCUCCAGAUGAAGAAGAGGCCAUAGAACGGUGCAGCAUCCCAGAUAUUCCAAAGGAGCAGUUCGGGCAGAGGAUCUUAGUCAAAUGCUUGUCUCUGAAGUUUGAAAUAGAAGUUGAACCCAUCUUUGGAUCACUGGCACUUUACGAUGUGAAAGAAAAGAAGAAGAUCUCUGAAAAUUUUUAUUUUGAUCUCAAUUCGGAACAUAUGAAAUCCCUUCUCCGAACUCACAGCACUCAUCCUGCCAUCUCCACACUAGCUCGCUCAGCUGUGUUCUCUCUUACACAUCCUUCUCCAGAAAUAUUCCUGGUGAUCAAGUUGGAGAAAGUGCUACAGCAAGGGGACAUCGGUGAAUGCUGUGAACCUUACAUGGUUAUGAAGGAAAGCGAUGCUUUGAAGAACAAGGAGAAGUUGGAGAAGCUGCGAGUGGCAGGAGAGCAAUUUUGCACCCGGUUGGGGCGAUACCGCAUGCCAUUUGCCUGGACUGCCAUCCACCUCAUGAACAUAAUUAGCACUACUGGGAUCCUUGAGAGGGAUGCUUCAGACUCUGAAAACGAGCGCAAAGGUACCUGGAAUGAGCGCAAGAGGAAAGCCUAUGGACGGCUGAGUGUUGGGGAGGAGAUGUGCAGCUUUAGCAACUUCCGUCCAGCCACCCUCACAAUCACCAAUUUUUUCAAACAGGAAGGCGAUCGUCUCAGUGAUGAGGACUUGUAUAAAUUCCUAGCAGAUAUGAGGCGCCCAUCUUCUGUCCUGAGAAGACUCCGUCCAGUUACAGCUCAAUUCAAGAUUGAUAUUUCACCAGUGCCAGAAAAUCCUCAUUAUUGCCUCUCACCUGAACUGUUGCAUGUCCAGCCUUACCCUGAUUUGCGUGUCCGGCCCACCAAGGAGAUCCUUGGAUUCCCAGUUGGAGAAGUCUACAUCCCUCAUACGGCAUAUCGGAAUCUACUCUACGUUUAUCCACAGAGCCUGAAUUUCAGCAGCCGCCAAGGCUCGGUGCGAAACAUUGCAGUGAAACUGCAGUUUAUGGCUGGAGAGGAUCCUAGCCAAGCCCUUCCCGUUAUCUUUGGGAAAUCAAGUUGCAGUGAGUUUGCCAAAGAGGCUUACACAGCUGUUGUGUAUCAUAACAAGUCACCUGAGUUCUAUGAAGAGUUCAAGCUGAAGAUCCCAGCCAACUUGACAGACAAUCAUCACUUGCUUUUCACCUUUUAUCACAUUAGCUGUCAACAGAAGCAGAACACACCUCUGGAGACUCCUGUUGGUUACACCUGGAUUCCUCUCAUGCAACACGGACGGCUGAGAACGGGGCAGUUUUGCCUGCCGGUGUCACUCGACAAGCCUCCCCCCAGCUACUCCGUGCUCACCCCUGAUGUGCCGCUACCUGGCAUGAAGUGGGUGGAUAAUCACAAAGCGGUCUUCAGUGUGGAAGUUCUGGCUGUCUCCUCUGUCCACACCCAGGAUCCAUUCUUGGACAAGUUCUUCGCCUUGAUACACGUGCUAGAAGAAUACACCUUUCCCUUUCGACUGAAAGAUGUGAUUCUAACAGAGAGCAACAUAGAGUCGGAAUUGAAAUCUAGUGUGGGCAACUUACGAGUGGCUGGCCUGGAACCCUUGGUGGCCUUCAGUCAUCAGAUUCUCAACAAGCUGAUCCAACUCAUUGUGUACCCACCUGUCAUUGCAGGGCAGAUCGUCAACAUGGGCCGUGCGGCGUUUGAAGCCAUUGCUGUGAUGGUGAAUCAGAUCCACAAGAGCCUGGAGAGCAGCCAAGAUCAGCAUGGCCACAAUCAUCUGUUGGCCUCCUAUAUCUUCUACGUUUUCCGUCUGCCUGUGAUGGAGCCAGAGUCUGGAGUGCCACCACACAGUGGUGCCCUCCAAUAUGCUACCUUGUCCCGGGCAACUGGGCGCCCUGUCAGCCUUAAUCUCUCCCACUCCAAAAGUAUCAGCAACAGCAAUCCUGACCUGACCACCACACCAACUUCCCAUGAUGAAGAGGUUCAGAAGAUUAUCAGCAGCAAGGGGAUCGACCGCUCUCACUCUUGGGUCAACUCUGCCUAUGCCCCCAGAGGCCCCAAGUCCGUGUUUCGCAGGAACCAUCCGAACUCCAGCACGGACCUGAAGCAGGCUGCAGAGUGCGCACCUAACCGUAUCUCCUCCUAUCUCGAGGGCUCCACUUUUGUGCCGGCAGCUCCGAUGAGACCAGCCACCAAAAAGCUACUUCAUGAAGAACUGAUCCUCCAGUGGGUGGUGAGCACCAGUUCUGUGCGGGAAGCUGCUUUGCAUCAAUCCUGGUUCUUCUUCCAGCUGAUGGUAAAGAGUAUGGUGCACCAUCUGUUCCUGUGUGACAAACUGGACACCCCGCGUAAGACUCGCUUCCCUGGCCGUUUCAUGGAUGAUAUCUCAGCCCUGGUAUACACGGUUAGCGGUGAAAUUGCUAGCCGUUGUCAGAAGGAUGUGGAACUGGUGGAGCAUCUCAACUGCAGCCUGGCCUUUUUUCUCAAUGACCUGCUGUCGUUCAUGAAUCGUGGCUUCGUCUUUGAGCUUCUGCGGUCUUAUUAUAAGCAGAUCAAUAACUGGCUAUUGACCACACAAAACCCCAAUGCCCUCAUUGCGCUCAGGAUGGACUUGAUCCGUAUCGUCUGCAGCCAUGAACAUUAUGUCACCCUAAAUCUUCCCUGCAGUGGCCUCUCCCCUCCUGCUUCCCCUUCUCCCUCCGUCUCAUCAGCAACGUCCCAGAGUUCGGCAUUCUCCAGCCACACACAGGACCAGCGCGUGGCCAGCAUGUUUGAGCUCUCUACAGCUUUUCGCCAACAGCACUUCCUGGCAGGCUUGGUGUUGAUGGAGCUGGCACUCAUCCUGGAACCUGAUGCGGAGGGGGCCUUCUUCCUCCACAAGAAAGCCAUCUGCACUCUGCACAACCUGCUGUGCAGCCACGACUCUGAUUCCCGCUACAGGGACCCUGCGGUGCGAGCCCAAGUGGCUCAGCUCUAUUUGCCUCUGAUUGGCAUCAUCAUGGAUGCCCUACCGCAGCUCUAUGACUUCACAGAGAACCAUCUCCAGAGAGGGCGGCUUGCUUCUGUGAUGGUUGAGGAUGGAGAUGGAGAUGGCAACACCAUUAGCCAGUCAGUUGCCAUGGCCAUUGCGGGCUCUCCUUUGCCUCAUACCCAUCGAUCUACGGUCUUCCAAAUGCCAUCAGUGCCUCUCCGCCAGCACAGCAUGUUGUCUGCUGAGGCAAGUCGCAACCUGCUGGUCUGUCUUCUGUGGGUACUGAAGAAUGCAGAUGGGGCUCUGCUGCAUCGCUGGCUGGCUGACCUCUCGGCUUUCCAUGUGAACCGUCUCCUUGACCUACUCUACCUCUGCGUCUCCUGCUUUGAGUACAAGGGCAAAAAGGCCUUUGAACGCAUCAAUAGCCUGACCUUCAAGAAAUCUCUGGACAUGAAGGCGCGACUGGAGGAAGCCAUCUUAGGCACUAUUGGGGCACGUCAAGAAAUGGUUCGACGUAGCCGAGCAGAGCGUGGUCCCUUUGCAAACCAAGAAAAUGUUCGCUGGAGGAAGAAUAUUGCCCACUGGAGACAGAAUUCGGACAAGGUGGACAAGUCAAAGGAAGAAAUGGAACAGGAUGCUUUGGUAGAUGGAAAUCUGGCUACAGAGGCCAACAUGGUGGUGCUGGAUACCCUGGAAAUUAUUGUGCAAGUAAGAUCUAGCCUUUCUCAUUACAAUAAAGCUUUGAGUUUCAGCCCAUCAACAAACCUGAUGUUGCCAGAUGAGUCAAUUCAUUUGAGCAUGCUGUAA